CGCUCGAACAUCACGAAAAUAAAAAUAAAAAUAAAAAUCACAGCUAUCACGCCCCCUCUCUCGCGCGGAAAUUUUUGUAGCGAAUCGAAUCCCGACUUUUUCCCUCUGCAACCACGAAUCGAUCAAUCCAACUUCAUACUCGAAUCUUUGUAACUCAUCUUCUCUUUCUUUGAUUCUUCAUUCCAUUUAUUGUUGAUUUUUCUCUUUGUUUAUCUACAUUGCUCUUUGAUUAAGGAUUUUAUCGAGUAUAUCAUGCUGGAAUAGGAGAAGCUGUAAGCUUGACUUUAUAAAUCUGGAUACUGGAAGCGAUCAAGGAAAUGUCCUGCAAUAAGAGUGAACACGUUCCAUUGUCGGUGUUGUUGAAGCGUGAAUCGGCGAAUCAAAAGGCUGAUAGGCCGGAGAUUGCUUGUGGUCAGGCUAACGAAUCUAAGAAAGGGGAAGACUUCGCAUUGAUCAAAACUGAAUGCCAACGCGUGUUGGGAGAUGGUGUUACCACUUAUUCUGUCUUUGGGAUAUUUGAUGGUCAUAAUGGGUCUGCAGCAGCUAUAUAUACUAAGGAGAACCUUUUGAACAAUGUUCUUUGUGCUAUUCCUCCCAAUCUGAAUCGUGAUGAAUGGGUGGCAGCCUUGCCUAGGGCUAUGGUUGCUGGUUUUGUGAAAACAGAUAAAGAUUUCCAAGAAAAAGCUCAAAUACUUGACACCAAUGAAGAAGAGCGGGAACGUGUCACUGCUAGUGGUGGUGAAGUUGGUCGCCUAAAUACCGGUGGUGGCACAGAGAUUGGUCCUUUAAGAUGUUGGCCAGGUGGGUUGUGCCUUUCAAGAUCUAUUGGAGAUAGAGAUGUUGGAGAGUUCAUUGUUCCAGUUCCUCAUCUAUCUUCUGCUGGAGGGCGGCUUGUAAUCUCAAGUGAUGGAGUCUGGGAUGCUCUUUCCGCUGAAUCAGCUCUGGAAUGCAGUCGCGGAUUGGCUCCGGAAUCAGCAGCAGCACAUAUUGUCAAAGAAGCAGUACAAGUGAAAGGGUUGCGAGACGAUACAACCUGCAUAGUGGUGGAUGUACUACCGCCGGAAAAGACAAAUCUGCCCUUGCCACCACCAAAGAUGACCGGAAAAAGAGUUUUAAAGGCCAUGUUUAGGAAAAAGAGCAGUGAGGCUCCACCUCAUGUUGAUGAAGAGGAAUAUUAUGAACCAGAUUUAGUGGAGGAGCUUGUGGAGGAAGGAUCUGCUAUGCUUUCUCAACGGUUAGAUACGAAAUAUCCGCUUUGUAACAUUUUCAGAUUAUUUAUCUGUGCUGUGUGUCAAAUUGAAAUGAAACCUGGAGAAGGAAUUUCAAUACACCAUGGAUCGGCUAAUAUGAGUGGAAAGUCAAAACCAUGGGAUGGACCUUUUCUUUGUGUAAACUGCCAAUACAAAAAAGAUGCCAUGGAAGGGAAAAUAUCAUCCAAAAGAAGGUGAUUAAAAUUACGAUUGUACCCUUCGAAUACAUACGAUUGUUUCGGAGCGAAGGAUCGAUGUGAAGACAAAAAGAUUGUUGAGAUUUCUAUCUCAAGGGGAAUUAUUCAAUUAUUGACUUUUAACAUUUGAAAAAAGGUUACUUAUUAGUAGAGAGAUAUAAUCUUUCUCCAACUUCUCUAACAAUGCAUAGAGCUAACAUUGUACUAUAUUUUAUAAAGAUUGUAGUUGUUAAUGUUAUACUCUUAGAUUAUUCACUCGUAACAUUGUACUACGAAAUUAAGAUGGUUG